AUGGCGCUGGUACGAGUUGAAGCCAUCGAUUCGCGUAACGGUGGGUUGACGGAGUUUACAGCGAACGUCAACGAAGACAACAAACUGAAGUUUGACCUGCUCUGUGCAAUCUUGUCUCGAUUUCCCGAAGAAGUUUGUGAAAUGGGGAACCUGCAGGUAUUGGGACUUAAUAUAGACAACAUACACUCUUUACCCAAAAGUAUUGCCAAACUGAGGGAACUAGAAGAGAUAACUUUGACUACAAGUGAGUAUGAGUACUUGGAGAAUGGUUGCUCGUUCAUACCGUCAUCUGGCGCAGGUCUGCAUGAGGUUCCUACUGUUGUUUGUGAUCUUCCAUGUCUUAAGGUUUUUUCUGUGUGGGGUAACUCUGCAUUCCCAUUGCUGUUUGAUGAGCUAAUGUCAUGUCAACUGCCCAGUACUCUUGUGGAAGUGGAAAUGGUGAAAUGUGGUUUGACACAAGUGACUUUGUCUGUGAUCUGCAACAAUGUGAAACUGCGCAAAUUGAAUUUAUCAGACAACGAUCUGCAGUCUUUCGAAUGCUGUAACACAGGAACGAUACGAAAGUCAACAGCCUUGAAUGAUUUAGAAGAGCUGGAUUUGUCAUACAACAGAAAUCUCCACACAAUUGCACUAGAUUGUCUCCCCAAGUUGAAAGUCUUGGAUUUGGGUUAUUGUAACAUCCAUCAGCUACCAUCACAAAUGAGUAACCUCCACAAUUUAGAGAAGUUGUACAUGGCAGGAAGCAAACUAGGAGUAUUUCCCAAAUUCUCCUGUUUGCAGUGGAAGCAUUUACAACAUUUGUACUUAUGCGACUGUGGUCUAGAAGAGAUACAGUGGAAGUUUGUACCUAACAUUUCUAAUCACCUGCUUCUUUCUUUGAACGAGAGAUUAUUGUGUCUCCCUAAUGAUGUGUGGAAUGAAUUGGAUGUGGAGAAGUUGGAUCUAUUGGGUUGUGGUAUAUCAAGUGUCCCCAAUACAGAAGUCAACAUUCAGGAAGUUUCCUUGUCACUAACUCCAGUCACUCAUCUUCCCAAAAAAUUUGUCUUUAGUCCUAAACUGGAGAAAUUAUGGGUGGAUGGAUGUCCACUAGUGUCUCCACCCAUUGAAGUGUGUCAACUAGGCAUCGAUUUUAUGAGACUAUAUUUGCAUGAGCUGGAAAGCCUGGGUGGAGUACGACGUGGCAGACUAAAGAUACUAGUGAUGGGAAUCACAAUGGCAGGAAAAACAAGCCUCGUUAAAGCACUAGAGAGUGGUAACCCAUUUCUGGCAGAACCCGAUGAGAGAACUAUAGGAUUGGAAGAAAAAGUUAUGAAAUUGGAUGAUAGAAUAGAAUGCAAAAUGCUGGACUGCGGUGGUCAUAAAGCGUACAUGCUAACCAACCAGCUGGUGGUCAGCGAUAAUUCGUUGGCAUUGAUUGUCGUUGACGGCAGCCGGUAUCAAUUCACUGCACAAUGUUUUCGUUCCAAUAUUGGAGAUUUUCUGCAAAUUUUGUAUGAGAGAAACAGCAGAGCUCACGUUGCUGUUGUGGUCAGUAAAGUCGAUCUGAUGUUUGACAUGUCAAGAAAAGAGAUGACUACAAAGUGGAAUGAACAUCUACGCACUUGUCUAGAUCAAUUCCUAGAGAUCAGACGAGAUCAAAUCAAGCGAAUGGAGGCAACCAUUGCAGCCAGUGAUUCUUGUGGAAUCAAAUACAUACCGGAACGUCUUCAGUUUUUUGAAUCCCAGCGAAUAACUGUUGAAGAAAGAAUAAUAGUGACUAGUGCAGCCACACAUGAGGGAGUUGUCGGUCUAAAGUAUCGUUUAAGAGAAUUGUGUUUAGAUGAAAGUCUACUGCCUUCACUGCACACAGAGUUGCCGUCGUCAUGGGUGAUCGUAGAGGACAAGUUGGUUAUACCACAACCUCACACAUCUGUCCCCAUUACAGAUGUCUCUUAUGCAAUGCAAGUGUGUGCAGAGCACGGACUGACAGAAGAAUGGUGUCGUAAGUUACUGAUCUACCUGAAUCAGGUUGGAAGCAUUCUUUAUUAUUCGUAUCACAAGACUUUAUCACAAGUUUUAUUUCCUUUUCUGCCAUUUGUGGUCAAUGUGCUGAAGGCUGUUUUCAGACAUGAUCAUCAUCUUCUGGAAUAUGACAGUCGUUUCAUUAAGGCAGACAUAGAUCCCAACCAAUUCAAGGAUUUGAAGCGUGAUCUUGUUGGUAACGGCAUUGCGAGGGUGUCUAUGCUGCUAGCGUUGUGGAGUGAGUUUCACCUUACUGCAGAUCGUCAUGUGGACGUGUUUAUUAAGCUAUUUCUUGCUCUUGACUUCGCUUAUCUCAUUGGCUCAUCAGAUGUGGUAGUUCAGGAACUGUCCGACACUCUUGGUAGACACGCAAUUACGUCAACUGUGUCCAUGUCUACCGACACCAUCAGCACGAUAUCAGAUUCAUAUAAUCAAAUGAGAGGAGAAAGUCAGCAAGCAGAUGAGACAGACAGUUGCAAAGAACUAAUUUGCAAGCUAAAACAACAUAAUGUUGGCAUGUUGUUGCCAUGGUUACUCAAUAACGAGAAACCGGAUGAUGUGAGUCAACUUUGGUGUGCAGAUGUAGCAGAUGGAGUGCUGCAAGUUGUGGUCGAAUACUCAUUUGCACAUAAUUGUCCGUUGGGUCUAUUUGAACGAUUUUCUGCUCGUUGUCAUCAUCAUCAUCCAAAUUAUAUUCGUCAUUGGAGCAGUGGACUGCUAAUGUGUUAUAGUGCGGUGACUUUACUUUUCAAUUGCAGCAACAAUACUGCACGUGGCUUUCUAUGUCUCAGUGGAAGAGUAGUCAAGUCACGUCACAGUGUUGGCAGAUUGUGGCAUGUCCUUCUGCGUUGCGUUUCAGAUGUGGAGGAUCUACUUCAGUCUUUUCCUGGGGCUCUUUUUGGUCGAUCCAUCUGCAGUGAGAGUUCUACUAGAAGCGAAAGUUCUCUUGUCAAUCAAUCUAACAAUAUUAUUCCAAAUGUGAAGUGGGGACCAUUUGCUGUAGAAACUAUAGCUGGAAGUUACAGUAGAGAGAUGUUAGAACACGUGGAAGAAAUAAAAGAAGUGAGUCCAAGCGUACAGAAAGGUAUUCCUCUGUCUCAAGUUGUUUCACCAGCAAGUGGCACUUUAGUGAGUCGUAGGAAGCUUGAAAAUAUAGCAGCAGAUAUAGGAAAGUGGUGGCCUAAACUAACAAGUAUUAUUGGUACUGAUCAUUCUACAGUGUUGGAGAUGCGUGAAACUGAUUCGGACUCCAGGUUUUCUCAAGCAGCAGCAACUCGUAUACUAAGUGAGUGGCAAAAAUCAAGAAACAAUGAAUUAAAGGUAUGUGAAUUGUAUGAUGCUCUACUUGUUGCUGACAUUCCAUCUGAGCCACAACGGCAUUUGAGUGAUGUGAUGUCACCGGAUGCAGCAUCUGGAUUAGAAAAACCUAAAGAGACAGCUGCACGUGGUGAGACAAGUGCAGCUGACUCUGAGAUGGUCACUCCACUCAUCAUAGAGAAAGUAGCCGAAGUUGGUUUAGAACGUUGGCAUGAAAUUGCUGUAUACCUUGGAGUUUCUCAUGAAGUGAUUACUGAAUGUGACCAUGCAACCUCUCUACACCUGAAAGACAAGCUGCGUAGAGUUCUGUUUGCUUGGAGAAAUGAAAACAGACAUUCUACCGUUGAGAAGUUGUUGUCUGCUUGUGAUAAAGCUAAAGUGGGAGGAAUAGUGAGCAGGGCAUUGGAAAGUGAUACCCAACACUGACUGUAUUUUAUUUAUUAUAUUUAUUAUAGUCUUGUUAUCAAUUAACGAGUUGUCAUAUAAUAAACUUGAAGUU